CGGGGUUUUAUCUAUAGCUGUGCUCUCUCCAUCUCUUUCGCUCUCAUUGUCGCGCUCGCUCGCACACGCGUGCACACAGCUUUUCUUCUUCGCUCGCGUUCUUCUUCUGUAUACGCCGUCGAAUCUCGCGUAUCUCAUCCGAACGAGACGCGACAUCGGAUGCAAAUAUAUUCUCGCUCCCGCGAGAAGAAAGAAAAGAACAAAUAAACGACAAAAAAGAUUCUCGAGUAUCCUAGCUGGGACUUAUUUGAUAGCGAAACUCGAUUUCAAAUCGUCAUUGUCGAUUGUUUCACCGUCGAUCGAGAUUUUUUUUUUUAGGUGUCGCGAGGAUACGAAGUGUGCCGAUACGCGGUUCUGCGCGGUAUUAUCUCUUCGUUUGUGUUGUGACAAAUCGUGAUUCGCGGCGAUCCCUAUCGACGAUCGCUCGUCGUCCUCGGGGUGCGCGAAGAGUGGAAGUUUCGUAGAAGUUUUCGCGGGGGCGGAAAGUUCCCGCCAGUGUCACGAUCCGCGUUUAAUUGUUUACCAAUGGUUCAUAUUCUGGAGAUGGUAUCGUCGCGUCGGAACGACCAAACGAUGAACCGUCCUAUUCAAGUGAAGCCAGCGGACAGUGAAAACCGCGGAGACAGAAAGCUGUUCGUUGGUAUGCUAAGCAAGCAACAAACUGAAGACGAUGUGCGACAAUUGUUCACUGCCUUCGGAUCUAUAGAGGAGUGCAGCAUCCUCCGUGGGCCCGACGGAACCAGCAGAGGUUGCGCGUUCGUAAAACUCUCGUCGCAUCAAGAAGCAGUAGCGGCGAUAAACUCUCUACACGGUAGCCAAACUAUGCCGGGUGCAUCAUCUAGCAUAGUGGUGAAGUUCGCAGACACUGAUAAAGAGAGACAGCUAAGACGCAUGCAGCAAAUGGCCGGGAACAUGAGCCUCCUUAACCCCUUCGUCUUCAAUCAGUUCGGCGCUUACAGCGCUUACGCUCAGCAACAAGCAGCGCUUAUGGCAGCCGCAACUGCACAAGGGACAUACAUCAAUCCAAUGAGUGCUUUGGCCGGACAGCUGCCGCAUGCAUUGAACGGCAUGCCAAAUCCCGUUGUUCCGCCAACUUCCGAUCUGCUCGUAGGUACCAGCACAGGGCAACAGGUUAACGGGGCGAUACCGUCGUUACCGUCGCCGACGAUGCCGAACUUUAACAUGGCACAGACACCGAACGGCCAGCCGGCGGGCUCGGAUCCAGGUGUCUACACCAACGGGAUACCGCAGACUUACGCGGGACAUGCCCUUCAUCUGUCCAUUCCAGCGCAGGGACUGCCCAACGGGGAGGCGGCACUUCAGCAUGCCGCCGCGUAUCCAGGAAUGCAGGCUUAUGCUGGAGUGGCCGCUUACCCAACCGUCUACGGCCAGUUUCCUCAGGCUAUUCCUCAGCCGAUACCCCCGAUGGCGCCAACGCAGAGGGAAGGAUGCUCUAUCUCAGGACCCGAGGGCUGCAACCUGUUCAUCUACCACCUGCCCCAGGAGUUCGGUGAUGGCGAGCUCAUGCAGAUGUUCCUCCCAUUUGGCAACGUCAUCUCCUCCAAAGUCUUCAUCGACCGGGCGACCAACCAGAGUAAAUGCUUCGGUUUUGUGUCGUUCGAUAAUCCCGCGAGCGCGCAAACGGCAAUCCAAGCGAUGAACGGCUUCCAGAUAGGGAUGAAACGGUUAAAAGUGCAGUUGAAGAGGCCCAAGGACGCCAGCCGGCCAUACUAACCCCCGUCCUAUUUUAGUAAAUCUGGACGGUCGUGCUCCUGGGUCUUAAGUUGUACAGCGUUCGAGGACGAGGAUUUGACGGACUUGAUGAGUUUUGGAUCACUGUGACAACGCUCUCCACCAUACCAACUUAAUAUAUUUAGCAUAGCUAGUUAAUUCAUUAGAGGAUAAAAAGUUAGAGGUCAGUAGGGCACAGUGACGGCUUCAACGUCUUUGAAGUUCGCGCAGCGACGGCGAAGAGGCUGAAGCGAAAAGCAAAUGAAAGAUGUUCCGCGCUGAACCUAUUUCGAGGAAGAACAGUCGGAGGAAGAGAAGAGGAUGAGGGCGCAACGCUGAGAGACCAAACGUUUUUCUCGGAUGUUCCGAUAUAAAACCGGAUAUCGGCUUUUUCCCUCUUUCUCCUUUCCAUUUUUCCUUUCUCUCACUUCGAGAGAACCUGCGUGAUUCUUUCUUUGUAUCCUCCGCGAAGUUUAGCCUCCGACAUCCUACUGCCAUGUGGAAGAUCGCGUUCGAGCUCGAAGACGAGGGACGCAAUAUGGACACGAGCGUGCAGCUGAACGUGUUUGCGAACGUCUCGAGGAGAUCUCAAUCACAUCCCGAAGAGAUCAACCGAGAGCACAACGGAAGUCCCGGCCGAGCUCGUCGUUCCGAUACCGCCGUUACAGUCACAAUCGACAAUAGCUAUGCGCGAGGGUAUUCCCCGUCGAGAAACGCCUCCAGAACUCUCGUCGUGCUCGUUGCCGAUCCGACGAAGCGCGAAGGUAUGCAAAAAAGAAAAAAAUGGAAAAAUCGGAAUCCUACUGUAUAUCCGAUCCGAUUCGGGUUUCUCCAGAAUCGGGAUUUUUUUUCGGAUUCCGAUCGUACCGGAUUGUCGCGUCCGUCGGCCGGGAUGGAAGAGCUCAGUGAUCACCGCGAGAGGCCGAAAAAAAAAAAAAAAGAAACAAAUCUUUUGUACCACACAAAGCGAAACGUGCUAAUCAUUAACGAUGAAGAUAAUAAUAUCCGCGUCGCUGACGAAA